AUGCAUUCAGAGCCAAACCUCUUGUUCCCGGAUCUUCCCCCAGAGCUCCGCAACGAAAUCUACACCUACCUUUCUACCCCUGGUGCCGACUCGCGACCCAUGAACCUGCACCUCCCCCUGCAACUCAAGACAUUCCUCUGCAAACACACAACCGUGCAAAUCUGUCCCAUCCACCAUGGAUCAACCGGGCUGCUCGCCCUGCCCCUCACCCGCUACCUCGAGGUGCGCGAGUACGCCUCGUGGCUGCUCAACAACGGCGUGUCGCUGCAAAUCGCGGUGCACUUCAAAGGCCGCAUCAACACCUUCACCCAAGGCGACUGGGACAAGAAAAUAGCCACGCAUCUCCGCAAACUAGCCAAACUGCAUCCGUGGCUGAGAAAAGUAGCAAAGUACGAUAUCCACGUGCUCUGGGACCCGCUGGACGGCGCGCUCAAGAGCAAGAAUAACAAGCGGAAAGCCGCGCUGGUGCCCCUCGACAUGGCUCGCACGCUUACACAGCUCCUCGAUCGAGACAUCAUGUCCAAGCACGGCCAUGUGCGCGUCGCGCUACAUGUUGGGCACAAAUUUGCCGUGGAGAAUGCAAUGACGACGACCAAGUUUGGAUUUGGGGUUUUUCUGGGGGACAAGCAGCGGCUUGAGGGGUUUAGAGGCGUGGUAAAGGAGGUGUGGAAGGCGCCUUCAGCAGCAGCAGCAACAGCAGACGAGCCGUUGAUGGGGGUCGAGGAUGGUGUGGUCAGGUGGUCGGUGCAGACGAGGGGACAGCUGGUUAUGAGGAAGAAUGUGAAUGCUGUGGCUGGUGGCGAGGGUGUAUACGAAUACGGGAAUGGUGAGUUGGAGUUUCCCCUGUGCCAGAUACUAGCCGAGUGUGUAGAGCAGCUGUGA